AUGUUCAAGAAGAAGCCCCAGAUCAAGAACCUUUCGCCCCUCCGGUCCUCUGACCGCCGCAAGCUCGCGGACCAGAUUAUCGCCGACUACAGAAUCCAUGUGCCCACGCUGGCAGAGAUCGAUCCCCCCGCGGCCGCCGCAGAGACUACAUCCUCGACCCAUCAUGCUACUCCCGCCCUCACGUCCGUCCGCACGAGCCUUGUUCCCGAGACGUGCCUCUCUGCACGCUUCACGACUCACGCCGGACCCAACGCAACGUUAGUCUCGGGGACGGUGUAUGUGGGCGCACAUCCUGGACAGGAGGAGAGGAUCCUGUGGAUUCAAUAUGGCAAAGAUGCGAGGCUAUACCCCACGGUGUAUACACUGUGGCACAACCCGGGCAUCGUUCCCUUACUGCACACGCAGGACUUCGUCGUCGAGAAACUCCGCACGGGAGCCGACCUGAUGACGCCCGGCUUGGUGGGUGGACCACCGUGGCCCGAGGCGGCGAAACCAGGAUCGGUCGUUGCGGUUGCGGGUUUGAAGAAACCCACCGUGCCUCUGUGGGUGGGCACAUGCAAGAUCGACAUCUCGAGUUUGGGCAAGGUGCAGGGAGCCAAGGGUGCCGCGGUCGAGGGCGUCCAUUGGGAGGGCGAUGAGAUUUGGAGCUGGAGCCAGUUUGGGAGUGGAGGCCGAGCUGCCCCGGAGACGAUAGACGGAUGGGACUUUCCCGCGGGUGACAUACAAGAUGGAGUGGAAAGGCUGGAUCUGGAAGAGAGCGACGACGACGACGACGUGCAAGAGGAAGGCGGUGUGACCCUCGACACUGCAAAGGGGGAGACUGAAAACGGCAACCAUGAAGCCCAUGGACUAGACGAGACCCAGGCGAACGAAGCAGAGCCAGAAGCAGAGCCAGAACGGGAACCCUCGACCGCCGAAGUGGACGAAGCAUUUGUCCAGGCGUUUCUCUAUGCCCUCUACGACGCCAAAAAGGCCGCCGACCCGCCUCAUCACGGGCUUGACUUUCCCAUCCAGCCAUCUUUUGUGAUAUCCAACAUGAUCCAACCGCAUCUCCGCGUCCAGAACCCGCAUUACACCAUCAAGAAGACCUCUUGGAAAACCACCAAAAAGUUCAUCAAGUACCUCGAAAAGCAGGUGCUCGUCAAGUCCAAAGACCGCAACGGCGGCGAGACGGUCAUUCUCGACGUCGACUUCGCUGACCACCGCGUCGUCAACUUCCAGCCGUACGCGCUGCCGAAGCCGAAAGCCCAGCAGACGUCAGGAGGCGGCGCAGACGCCACGCAGCCGUCGGCCAGCGGCGGCGGCGCCGAUCCCUCUCUCGGGCAGAAACUCACCCUGCAGACGGUCUACCGGGCCUCCAGCAAGCUGGUCCCGGACCUGAUCCCUUCCAAGACCACGUACUACACGUCGGCGCAGAUCGCGUCGUUCCUGAAGAAGUACAUCGAGAACGAGCCCGCGCUGACCGCCAACACCUCGUCGCCGCGCUUCGUCAAGCUCGACCCCUUCAUCGCCAACAACAUCCUCGGCUCGAACCCCACCGGCAGCGACACGCGCGUCCUGGCCGCCGGCGAGAUCGCGCGCGACGCCCUGCUCAAACGCAUCCUGGACGACUCCCACCUCUGCAUCCCACACUGGCUCCUGCUCCGGAACGCGCAGACCUACGACCCCGACGCGCCCGACCUGCCGAAGCCCCGCCCCGGCCCGCCGCCGCAGGUCAGCAUCGUGGUCGAGAAACGCUCGGGCACCAAGGUCGUGACCAAGAUCUCGGGCCUGGAGGUCUUCGGCAUCAACCCGCACAUCCUGGGGCCCGAGCUGCAGAGGAAAUGCGCCGGCUCCGCCAGCGUCGGCCAGCUGGUCGGCGGGAAGCCCGGCGUCAUGGAGAUCCUCGUGCAGGGCGACCAGCGGGACGUGGUGGAGAAGGAGAUGGGCCGCCGCGGCGUGGAUCGGAGGUGGGUGGCCGUGGAGGACAAGACGAAAAAGAAGAAGAAAUAG